ACUAUAAUAUGGAUGUUUUCAGCUACAUGUAUAAUAAAACAAAGCUACCGUAGUCGUAUCGUCAUCGAAACAAAAGAAUGCGUGAUGGCACCAAGUGUUGGGAAAGAGAGAGAUUGUGAACCCGUGAAAAACCUGAAGCUCACCGUCCGAUUGCCUUCCGUUGCUUAAAUCUUUUCUUUAUGGCCAAAAAUCUGGCUUUCGUCACAAUAGUCUAGUCUAAGUCACGAGUUUUGGUUGAGCAUUACACACACUACACUCGUUUGCUUGCUUCUUUCGUCGAAGGACCCGCUGUCCUUUACUGUGUGCAUCGUCUCAAGACCAAGUGAAUGCACUAAUACUGGAAUUGGAAAGGGAGCUUUCUAUCUAGCCAGAGCUGGGAUAACAUUUGUUUGUCAUAAUCCAACCGAGGGAUUUGCACUUCCAGAAAGAACAUACAGAACAAACAAGUGAGUGAGUGAGUGAGUGAGUGAGUGAGUGAGUGAGUGAGUGUAGGGAACCAUGGACUUUUCUAUGGAAGAGCACAACCAAACCUGUGCCAUUUGCCUCGAGAGCUUGCUCAAGAAUGGUACCAGUGGGGAGACGUCUUCAUCAUCGCAGACAAAGAUUGGCGCAGUGGUUCCGUGUGGUCAUGUCUUUCAUCAUGCCUGUUAUCGAAAGUGGCACUCGGCGCAAGAACGACGACGCCGUCGCGAUAGUGCCAACAACAACAACAAUAGUCAUUCCAACAACGACGACAACAAGUGCAAAUGUCCCAUGUGCAAUGUGCCCUGCAAUGAUUUUGUCAAACUAUUCAUGGGAUCGGAAUCAUCGAGCAGUCAUAGUCGGCGCACUUCUGCGAGCAGUGCCGCAACAACAAACGAGGGCGACGACGAGAGUCUUCGUCUGCAAUCGUCUCGCAAGAGUUUAGAUCGCGUCAAGGACAAGCUGAAUCGGUACAAAAAGGAAAAUCGUACUCUGGAGAAGAAGCUACAGGAUGAACGCAAACUCAUGGAGUCCACGUUGGAACGGACGGUGGAACGACACUCCAAAGAAAAGCGAUCCUUCCAACGCAAACAUCAGCGCCUCGAGGAGCAAGUCAAAGAAAAAGAUGCCGCUCUGGCAAGCACUGCACAAGAGUUGCAGGCCCUCAAAGAAGAACUCGAGAGUGACCGAAUCAAGUGGAAGAAACAUGCCAAGAGAUUAGAGCAAAAGUUGGUGCAGGAAAUGGAAGGCAACACCGAGGAACAUUUGGCGCAGGUACGUGAAUGGGGCAGGAGAAAGGCGACCUUGAAAAAGGACGUUGUACUGGCGCGGGCCGAAACCAAAGCCAUGCAACAAGAAAUUGAUCGGACCGUCGAAUUGCAAGUGGCCGAACGACGCCAGUGGGAACAAAAGGAAAAGCAAUGGAAACAAGAGCUUGAAAAGGCACAACAAGAAAAGGCCAAGGCAGACGCCCGAGUCGCCAAGGCGGUACAGGGGAUUUCCCAAAUGCGAGCCUUUCACGAAAUUCGCAAGGAGCACGUGGCCAAGUUGGAGCAAGAAAAGGCGCAGCUAGCACAGCAACUUCAAGAGCUCCAGCCCAAGGCAGAAUUGGACGAAGAAGUUUUGUUGUUUGGAUCAUAGACCGACACGCGAGUACACACACUGUUGUAGUCUUCUUGCUGUUGUUGGAUAGAGGAUUGGGGACUUGAGACCAUGGGUCCUGGAAACACAAAAUCGGGUCUAUUUGUGGGCCAGAAUCUACUGUAAUGGUUGAUACCCGCGGACUAGCUAGCUAGAAGAAAAUGCCUGAUGAUGUAGUCCUAAUAAUUACAUUUUUAUCACACUGCGC